UAUACGAGCUGUUUGAUCUUUCUAAGUAACUAAAGUUUCAUUUUCCUUAAGUUUGUUCUAUGUUAUUUUCAUUCAUCUUGUAUGAUUCUCAUUGUUGACAGUUGUGGUUUGAAGUUUCCCCAUCAUCCAUACGUGCAUAUAUAUGUGCAUUUUUAUGUGACUGGGAUUGAGUGCUGUUGCUAAACUCUUUUUGUAAAUCAUGGCUGCCACCAGCACCAUUGCGGCUCCUGCGAAUUGCUCACAAACAACAACAGCAACAUUGGUGACAAAGAUCAGCGGAGGAUCAGACAGUGUCACUUCUCUUGGCAUGAAAUCAAAUACGAAACCGUGUUGUAGAGGGUUGAGGGUUAAAGUGAAGGCCCAAGCACCUGAAAAGAACAUCAAUGGAAGCAUACUCAACAAUUACAGUACUAAAACAACUGAAACUACCAAGGAGGAAGAGGAGGAGACGUACAUUAAUAGUGAUUUGCCCGAAUGGAACAUGCUUCUGAAAGCCAUUAUGGGUCUUUUUUUAGCAACAGAUAUACAAUGGCCACUUUCAAAGCUAAGAAGCCAGCAUGAUAUGCUUGUUAAUUCAUUUAGCCAAGGGAAAUUAGUUCAGGGUGGUUAUGUGUUUCGGCAAAACUUCUCGAUUAGAUCGUAUGAGAUAGGCCCUCAUCGGACGGCAACUAUAGGAACGUUGAUAAAUCACUUGCAGGAAACAGUUGCUAACCAUGUUAGGGGUGCUGGUCUGCUAGGUGAUGGAUUUGCUUCAACUCCAGAAAUGACUAGAAGAAAUCUAAUAUGGGUUGUUGCGAAGAUGCAAGUUAUUGUGGAUCAAUAUCCUUCUUGGGGAGAUGUAGUUCAAAUAGAUACCUGGUUUACUAGCGCAUCUGAAAAGAAUGGUCUAGCAAACCAUUGGCUUCUUCGUGACGCCAAUACGGGCCAAAUUCUUGCGAAAGCUACCAGCGUGUGGAUUUUGAUGAAUAAAAAAACAAGAAAAUUGUCUAAAAUCCCAGAGGAAGUUAGAGGUGAACUGGAACCUUUUCAAGUCAUGGGUGAAUUGGGAUCUUACUUUGCAAAUCACCGUUUCCCGGAGGGCAGGAAGCUGUCAAAGCUUCAUGACAAUACAGCUGAUUUUGUCCAAGCUGGUUUAACUACACGUUUGAGUGACUUAGAUGUGCACCAACAUGUCAACUUUUCCAGAUACAUUGGAUGGAUUCUUGAGAAUGCACCUCCGUCGAUCUUAGAGAGCCACGAGCUGUACAACAUGGAUCUGGCGUUUAGGAGGGAAUGUGGGGUAGGAAAUGUGCUCAAGUCCUUGACUGCAGUAGUUGGUGGUAGCUCCUCCAUAGAAGCAGGUAGUAUUAUUGAAUGCGACCACAUGCUUCAACUUGAAAACAAUGGACAUGAGGUUAUGAGGGGCAGAACCAAGUGGAGGCCCAAGGGUUUCAACAACAUUGCAAAUAUUGGUCAGAUAUCAGCCGAGUAGUUAAUAUGAAAUGCAUCUGCAUCUGCAUCUUCUCAUAUUAUAUUAUCUUGCUGGUUUAUCUUUGAGUGAUUGAUUGUAUGCUCAACUGCAUUUGUAAAAACAUAUACUACUACUGCUUGCAUGCUCAACUGCUUUUUACACUCUUUACCAUUGUAGAUGGGCAGGCCUAUAUUUCUACUGCUGUGUAAUAAUCCUCGUAUUCGCUGUUAAUGAUAUAUUUUCUUUUAAAAUUCGGAUAGAUAAACAUUUAUAAUAUGAACCCUUCUAACCGAGUCUGAAUGCCAUGGAUCAUAAGGGGUAAAAUCUAAGAAAAUGAGAUCUUGUAGAAGC